AAGAGAAUUCUCAGCAGGGUACCAUGAUUUAUAUGAUAUCGCCGCCUCGAUCACGGUGGUGUCACGGUUGUCACUUAGGAUGCAGGAUGUUGGCAAACAUCUGCAGUUUUACUGCAGUAGGAACAGAGUAAACCGCUGGGACCGAGAGCGAGAGUUGUUCUUGCUGUCUCUCCCCCCCCACCCGCUCUUGUAACUUGAGAGGCUGCAGAUGUCUGUCAGUAGGUGGCGCCCUUUAGCCCAGCUGUAAGCUCUGACUAUUGGCUCUAUAUAGUGAGAUUUAUAUAUAUCCUAUGAUAACAGUGCAGGGGCUCAGCUUUUCCAGCGACUUCUAACCAGAGGAGGGGGUUGGGGGAGAGAGAAAAAAAACCCAGAGAGAGAGAGGAAAAACACUACCCACCGCCCCCCCCCGGCUCCCGGUGUCCUUUUCUGUCGCCAUAUUCUCCAUGCAGAUCUCCAGCCGCCCAAAGGCCCUUUGCUCAGGGCAGCGAGAAACUUCCCUUCGCUCUUAAAAAUACCUCCGCUCCCAGCCGGCUGCAGCGAAGAAGAGAUCGCCUUCCAAGGCCAGCUGCCCAAGAUGACGAACAUAUCUUAUCACAUCUCCAACCUUCUGGAGAAGAUGACGUCCACCGACAAAGAUUUUAGGUUUAUGGCUACCAAUGAUCUGAUGAUGGAACUGCAGAAAGAUUCCAUAAAACUGGACGAAGAUAGUGAGAAGAAAGUGGUGAAGAUGCUUCUGAAAUUGCUGGAGGACAAAAAUGGGGAGGUACAGAACUUGGCUGUCAAAUGUUUAGGCCCUUUGGUGAGCAAAGUGAAAGAGUAUCAAGUGGAAACCAUUGUCGAUACGUUAUGUACGAACAUGUUAUCUGAUAAGGAACAGCUCCGGGACAUCUCCAGCAUUGGGCUGAAGACUGUAAUUUCUGAAUUGCCUCCUCCGUCUACAGGUUCUACCAUGACAGCCAACGUCUGUAAAAAAAUCACAGCCCAGCUGACCGGAGCCAUAGGAAAACAAGAAGAUGUGUCUGUGCAGCUUGAAGCUCUGGACAUCUUGUCAGACAUUUUAAGCAGGUUAGGAGGAACUCUGUACUCCUUCCAUUCCUCCAUCCUGAACUGCCUUCUUCCUCAGCUCACAAGUCCCAGGCUGGCUGUGCGCAAAAGGGCCAUCAUUGCCCUUGGUCACCUGGUCUUGACUUGCAACGGGAACAUCUUUGCAGAGCUUAUGGAGCACCUCUUAGCAGAGCUGAAGAGGAAUAACUCCACUUCCACUACAAGAACAUACAUCCAAUGUGUUGCCGGUAUUAGCAGGCAAGCGGGACACCGCAUAGGAGAUUAUCUGGAGAAGAUGAUUCCAUUAAUAGUUCAGUACUGCAAUGUUGAGGAUGAUGAAUUGAGGGAAUAUUGCUUCCAAGCCUUUGAGUCUUUUGUGAGAAGGUGUCCAAAAGAAAUUGGCCCUCACCUUCCAAGUGUGACUGGAUUGUGCCUCAAGUAUAUCACUUACGACCCAAACUACAAUUAUGACAAUGAAGAUGAUGAUGAAGAAGAAAUGAUGGAAACUGAGAAUGGGGAGGAUGAGGAACAAGAAAGUGAUGAUGAAUACAGUGAUGACGACGACAUCAGCUGGAAAGUUCGCAGGUCUGCCGCCAAGUGCCUUGAGGCGAUCGUCAGUACUCGGCACGACCUUCUGCAGGAUUUCUACAAAACCCUCUCGCCAGCUUUAAUCAGCAGGUUCAAGGAAAGAGAGGAGAAUGUUAAAGCAGACAUCUUCAGUGCUUACAUAUCUUUGCUGAAGCAAACGCUGCCCAUUCAGAGCUGGCUGCACACGUCAGACGACACAGGCAAGGAGGACAUCCCUCUCACCAUGCUCCAGAACCAGGUUCCAAACAUCAUCAAAGCCUUGCACAAGCAGCUCAAAGAGAAGAGUGUCAAGUCCAGACAGGGCUGCUUCACCCUCCUGACAGAGUUGGCCAACGUUCUCCCUGGCUGCUUAGCAGAUCAUGUACCUGCCCUCGUGCCUGGUAUUGUUUUCUCCUUGAUGGAUAAAUCCAGCUCCUCCAACAUGAAGAUUGAUACACUGUCGUUCCUCCAUGUCGUUCUUUGCAACCACUCCCGGGAAGUGUUCCAUCCCCACAUUAAGGCCCUGCUCCCACCCGUGGUGACUUGCAUUGGGGAUCCUUUUUAUAAGAUCACCUCCGAAGCUCUGCUCGUCACCCAGCAGCUUGUGAAAGUCAUUCGGCCUCUGGACGUGCCUUGUACAUUUGAUGCCAAGCCUUAUGUGAAAGACCUGUUUGCAGCUACUCUGAAGAGGCUGAAAGCUGCCGACAUUGAUCAGGAGGUGAAAGAAAGAGCUAUUUCUUGCAUGGGACAAAUUGUUUGCAAUCUUGGAGAUUAUCUAUGCAGUGAUCUUCAGCCAACUUUGAAAAUUUUUCUGGAGAGGCUGAAAAAUGAAAUCACAAGACUGACCACGGUCAAAGCGCUAUCUUUAAUUGCUAGUUCUCCACUCAAAAUAGAUUUAAGGCCUAUUCUGGGGGAAGGCUUCCCCAUUUUGGCAUCCUUCUUGCGUAAGAAUCAGCGUGCCUUGAAACUGAGUACCUUGACCGCCCUGGGCAUCUUAAUCAAGAACUACAGCGAUAGCCUCAAGCCUGCCAUGAUUGACUGUGUUCUAAUGGAGCUUCCAGAUUUGAUUAGUGAGAAUGAUAUGCAUGUUUCCCAGGUGGCAAUCACGUUUCUGACCACCUUAGCUAAGGUCUAUCCCUCUUCCUUGUCCAAGAUCAGCGGCACAGUUCUAUCAGAGCUUUUUCAGCUGGUUUACUCUCCCUUGAUGCAAGGAGGAGCUCUGAAUGCUAUCGUGGACUUCUUUCAAGCCUUGGUUGUAACCAAGACAGUCAACAUGAGCUAUGCCGAACUGAUGAAGCAGCUCACAAGUCCCAUAUAUUCCUCAAGCCCUGCUGGGAUGUCUGUUAAUUUGCACAAGCAGGCCUACCACUCUGUCGCCAAGUGUGUGGCGGCUCUUUCGUCCGUCUGCCCCAAAGAAGCACCCGGGGUAGUCAGCCAGUUUGUUCAGGACGUGAAGAACCCUAAGUCCAGUGCUGCUGUGAAAAUGCUGGCUUUCCUUUGCCUGGCGGAAAUAGGACGCACCACAAACCUCAGUGCUCAGAAGGAGCUCAAAGUGGUGAUCUUGGAUGCCUUUGCUUCGCCCAGCGAAGAGGUGAAAUCUGCAGCCUCCUAUGCUCUGGGGAAUAUCAGCGUUGGUAGCCUUAAAGAAUUCCUUCCCUUCAUGCUCAAAGAGAUUGGGGGCCAACCCAAGCGGCAGUACUUGUUGCUCCACUCCUUGAAGGAAGUGAUCAGUUCCUCCUCAGCAGACAGCCUGAAACCCUACGUGGAGGACAUCUGGGCCCUGCUUUUCAAGCACUGUGAGUGUGCGGAAGAAGGGACACGCAACGUCGUUGCCGAAUGCUUGGGGAAACUGACUGUGGUGAAUCCUUCUCAGCUGCUGCCUCGGCUGAAGAAGCAACUGUCCUCAGGUUCCCCAUAUGCUCGAAGUACUGUAGUUACCGCAAUCAAAUUCACAAUUUCAGAUCAGCCUCAGCCUAUUGAUCCUCUUUUGAAAGGAUGCAUAGGUGACUUCCUGAAAACUCUUCAAGAUCCUGAUUUGAAUGUUCGGCGUGUUGCUUUAGCUAUGUUUAAUUCUGCUGCUCACAACAAACCUUCUCUAAUCCGAGACCAGCUCAGCACAGUCUUGCCCCACCUGUACAAUGAAACAAAGAUCAGAAGGGAACUCAUACGAGAGGUAGAGAUGGGGCCAUUUAAACACACUGUAGAUGAUGGCUUGGAUGUGAGAAAAGCUGCCUUUGAGUGCAUGUACACCCUUUUGGAAAGCUGCCUUGACCGACUGGACAUUUAUGAGUACUUGAAUCAUGUGGAGGAUGGCUUGAAAGAUCAUUAUGAUAUCCGGAUGCUAACAUUCAUUAUGCUGGCUCGCCUAUCAACACUCUGCCCUAAUGCUGUUCUACAACGAUUAGAACGGCUCAUUGAGCCCCUGCGUGCAACAUGCUCUACUAAGGUAAAAGCUGGUUCUGUGAAACAGGAAUUUGAGAAGCAAGAUGAGCUGAAACGCUCAGCCAUGAGGGCAGUAGCUGCUCUGCUGACCAUCCCUGAUGUAGAUAAAAGCCCUGUGAUGGCCGAAUUUUCAUCUCAAAUCAGAGCCAAUCCUGAAAUGGCAUCACUUUUUGAAAGCAUUCAAAAAGAUUCUAGUUCAUUAUCUACCACAGAAUUAAUGGACAUGAAUUAGAACUCCUCCCAGUCUAUUCUGUUCUUUAUACAAUCCACUGUGCUAUGAGGGUGGAAUAACAUAUUCUGAAACUGAAUUUAGAUACAGAUGUCAUUUUAAAAAUGGCAACUAUUUUUAUUGAACGAGGUAUGAUUUCAAAGAUCGAGGUGGUGGCUAGUCCUAUUGAUGUAAAUAGGGCAACAUCACUUUGUCGCUAUCAGUUAUGACACAAUUCAAAUACACGAUCAUGAGUUUUUGCCAAAAUUUAUGCAUUCACCUUACCUACUUUUACCUGAAGUAUUGACAAUUAUGUUUGCUAUCUCUAAAGUGAUGGCACUGUGAUAGCAUUUUAAAAAGCAUUUGCAACAGAGAAAAUACUGCUGUUCCCAAAAACUAGUCAGUGGCUACUAAGCUUCCAUAAUCACCGUGGCAGUGGCUUUCAUGUGUGCAAUUAAUACUCUGACUUCCUAGUUUCAGAUGAUGAAUUAAAGCUAUCACCCUGAUCCUUCUUAAAUCUAUAGAUUUCAAAUUAUUAAAGUGAAGUGACCCCAUUGUCUUCCAAGAAGGAAUGCCUUACGCUUAAUUACUGGUUUCAGAAUGCUCCUGCACCCUCCUUGAACACAGCAGUUUUUCCUGUAUUGCACCCUCUGGCUACAGUUUUUGGAUUCAAAACAAAACAAAGAGGAGCUGUUACCAAAGCACUGAUUAUUUCAAACUCUGAAAAGUCAGCAUGUUACUCACAAGAGACAUUCAUUUGGUAUGAAGUAUGUAGUAGUGAAAUGGCACCACCUAGUUAUACAAGCUAUUGUACUGUUACUUCCCCCAAAUGUGUAUUGCUGUUUUACGUUUACUGUUCAGCAGAGAUAAGGUUGAUCUCUUGCAACCAUGGAUUACUAAGCUUCACUUUUAGGAUUUACUCCACUUGAGUCAAUCUUUGAAUCACUUAAGUGCUCUGUUUAUAAAACAGGGUAUCACUUUUUGUUCUACCUGAAAUGCAUCAGAAUAAAGUUCAUGAAUGCAUCCCUAACACUUUGCUUCAAUUGCAGCUCUCUACCCAAUUUUUUUUUUGUUUUUUGGUAAAGUUCUCCUUAUACAGUAUGUGAAAUUGAAAGUAAUCACUUAAACAACCAUCAUUUGUAUAGUACAGACAUAGAAGUUUUGAGACACCUAAUUUUCCUGCCUACCUAUACUGGUUAAUAAUUCAGUCUGCGAGUUGACUGUUUUUUCAAUGAAGUUGACUUUCUGGAGGAUUUGGGGUCCCUAAACAGCACUAAAUCUGAUGAAGCAUUUUAAUAUCCCAGCUAUUUGAACUAUAUGAUUCAGAAAAAAAAAAUCAAGCAAUACUGUAUGGCUUUAAUAUUGGUCAAAAUCCUGU